CCGGGCGGCGGGGGCAUGGCUCUGCUGAGGGGCUGCGGCGGCGGCGGCGGCGGCUCCCUGCUGCUGCUGCUGCUGGCCGCCGCCUGCCUGCUGCAGCGCGCCCAGGUGAGGCGGCUGGUCCGCUGCCCGGCCACUUGCAGCUGCACCAAGGAGUCCGUCAUCUGCGUCGGCUCGUCCUGGGUGCCCAGGAUCGUCCCGGGGGACAUCAGCUCCCUGAGCCUGGUAAAUGGAACAUUUUCUGAAAUCAAGGACCGAAUGUUUUCUCAUCUGCCUUCCUUACAAUUGCUUUUGCUGAAUUCUAACUCGUUCACAGUUAUACGAGACGAUGCCUUUGCUGGUCUCUUUCACCUCGAGUACCUAUUCAUUGAAGGAAACAAAAUUGAAACCAUUUCAAGAAAUGCAUUCCGUGGGCUCCGUGACCUAACUCACCUUUCUUUGGCCAAUAACCACAUAAAAACACUUCCAAGGGACGUCUUCAGUGAUUUAGAUUCAUUGAUUGAACUAGAUUUAAGGGGCAAUAAAUUUGAGUGUGACUGCAAAGCCAAGUGGUUGUAUUUGUGGUUAAAGAUGACAAAUUCUACUGUUUCUGAUGUCCUGUGUAUUGGUCCACCAGAAUAUCAGGAAAAGAAGUUAAAUGAUGUGGCCAGUUUUGAUUAUGAAUGCACCACUACAGAUUUUGUGGUGCAUCAGACUUUGCCCUACCAGUCUGUUUCUGUGGAUACAUUCAACUCUAAGAAUGAUGUUUUUGUGGCCAUUGCCCAGCCGAGUAUGGAAAACUGUAUGGUCUUAGAGUGGGACCACAUUGAAAUGAAUUUCCGAAGCUAUGACAAUAUUACAGGUCAGUCCAUAGUGGGAUGUAAAGCAAUCCUCAUUGAAGACCAGGUCUUUGUGGUGGUGGCUCAGCUUUUUGGGGGCUCCCACAUAUACAAGUAUGAUGAGAGCUGGACCAAGUUCGUCAAAUUCCAGGACAUCGAAGUCUCCCGGAUUUCUAAGCCCAACGACAUAGAGCUAUUUCAGAUCGACGACGAAAGGUUCUUUGUCAUCGCAGAUAGCUCUAAAGCCGGUUUGUCGACCGUUUAUAAAUGGAAUAGCAAAGGAUUCUACUCUUACCAAUCUCUGCACGAAUGGUUCAGGGACACAGAUGCUGAGUUUGUUGACAUAGAUGGAAAAUCCCACUUAAUCCUCUCCAGUCGCUCUCAGGUCCCCAUCAUAUUGCAGUGGAAUAAAAGUUCUAAGAAGUUUGUCCCACACGGAGACAUUCCCAACAUGGAGGAUGUACUGGCCGUGAAGAGCUUUAGGAUGCAGAACAGCCUGUACAUCUCCCUUACACGGUUCAUUGGGGACUCCAGGGUCAUGAAGUGGAACAGUAAGCAGUUUGUGGAGAUCCAGGCUCUGCCGUCCCGGGGGGCCAUGACCCUGCAGCCUUUUUCCUUUAAGGAUAACCAUUACCUAGCACUGGGAAGUGACUAUACCUUCUCCCAGAUUUACCAGUGGGAUAAGGAGAAGCAGAUCUUCAGAAAGUUUAAGGAGAUCUACGUGCAGGCGCCUCGUUCGUUCACAGCUGUAUCCACAGACAGACGAGAUUUUUUUUUCGCCUCCAGUUUCAAAGGAAAGACGCAAAUAUUUGAACAUAUCAUUGUGGAUCUGAGCCUGUGAAGGCAUAAGGAGUGAGCUUAACAUACACUAAAAUUGGCUCUUAAGAGAGUAGGAGAAGAACGGUAGCACAGCUCUGACUGGGAAAGUCAUUAGGUGUUUUCAGAACUUCUAGAAUUCACAUUUUAAUCAGGGAUUGCAUUUACUUGGCUAACUGCAUGACAUGCCCAUUCUCAUUUUAAAAGACAUUUGAAAGCCUGUAAUUAUUGAGAAAAGCUUGCAGCCUAUCAGCAUUAACUCUUCCCAUCGAGAAAGGAAAGGCGAUUUUUUUUUUUUUUAAAUACAGGAGGAGAAAAUUGAAUCACAUGGGACAGCUCUGAUAAGUCACUGAAAAAUCUGGGAACUGUUCAUUCCACCUUAGUGACUGUUUCAAUAAGAACGCUUACAGCAAAAGUCAGCUAAAACACAUUUGCUGAUGAUUAGUAUAAAAUCUUAUAAUGUCAACACUCAGCAAAGCUAUUUUGAGCCAACUCGGUUCCCUGAAAUUGAUGUCCAGUCUUCCUUUGUCCUUCUUUGAAUAAAAUGCAGGAUAUUGUUCUAAUUCAUACCGACGUGACAUACGAGGGACAGUAACUCUCCGGGAUUUGAAUCGUUUUGUUUACUACUCAAGAACCAAAAAGCUAAACAUUGAUGUGUUAGAGACUUGGCGAGAGCAUUGAGGGUCUUUUGCAUUUCAUUUGAGCUUCAGAAUUGGCUCAGACGGAGACCAGAAGGGUUUGUGCGAGCGAAAACUGUAGAAGUCCUACUAUCUGCUUGCCCUGAAUCGACCCUUGGGUUUGUUGGGGAACCCAAUGAUAGGCCAAAAAGUAAAUGGCGCCAUAGGCUUGGCCCUCAGAGAGAUGAAUCCUGGGGGACAGGCGCUUCCAUCCAUGCUGUUGAUCAUUCUGUAGUUUUUUUUUUUUUUUUCCUAAAAAAGAUUUAGUCCAUAGAAAACCACGUUAAGUCAUAGGGGAUCUUUGGUGAAGGGCGGCUUGCUUGGAGAGCCAUGGGCAGUCAUUUGAUUUUUGCAUGUUCCCUCUAUCCCUCCCCACGAUAUAUCUGUAAUAUGGAUGCAAACCCACAUAUAUCUCCCACUUCUCUGUAGUUCUGCUUGGAGCUUGGGGAUGCUGUUGCUAGCAACUCGGCGAACUGCUGACUCACCUUCUCUGCUUCUCUCCACCCCACUGGCCCCUGACAUAAGGUGCUGCAGGUGCUAGACUGUGAACGUCCCAGAUCUCCUCGGUGAGCAGUGUUCUUUCCUGGCUUAGCAACGGCAACGCUUAAUGACCACGAUCACCACCGGCUUCUGGGCUGGAGAGUGCCCGGAGGCCGUACCAUCUCCAGUGCAGGGGGGGGGGGGGGGAGGAAGGGAGCCCAGGGCCCUUAGGCUUAUCACAAGGGACUGUACAUUGAGCCAGAUGAGCUGAGUCACAGAGACCAGUUCCAUGAUUCAAAGGACCAAGUUGUCCCCGAGCAAAAUAAGCCUUUUUUUGGACUCCUGCUGAAGUUUUUCUGUUCUGUCCUCUGGCCCCCCAUCUGGUGGACGAUUCUCAUUGGACGCUCUGCAUUUGUGACUCUAGUUUUCUUUGAAAUACACCAGGCAAGAUUUUUUAAGACUGCCUAGAUAAAGGGAAACCAACCACCUCUGUUCCAGCAGUGAAGUUAGCACAAUAUUAUCGCACCAGGUUUUGUUUUUUAAGUCCAUUUGCCAAGUCAUGGGCGGAUAGCAACUCGGCUACAAAUAUGAGUGUUUACUGCCUAUAAACAGAGCGAUCUGGAGGCAGCAGCCCUUAGGAGGGUUAUGCCAUGAUGUUCUAGCAGCACCCUUGGGUGCACUAGGAGACUGCAGGCAAAGAGUUUCCAGCCCAGAAGAUGAGUGGAUCUAAUGAACCAGCCCACAUAUAACCAGAAGUGUUACCACUCUGACAUUUAUUUCCAGUCGAGCACUAAAUUAAUGCACGGGAAGAAGUCCGCUUUCGUUUUUUUCCCCUAAGCACAUUUUAGAUUUCUUUUUUUUUUCCUGCUUAAGUUUUAUUUUCUGGGCUUUAUUAGAAAUGCUGACGCAAGCCUCAGAGUCUCCACGUGCCCCCUGACCCUGGGAGGUAGGAGCAUCCGGGCUACCCUCCAGCUCUCUCACCACCUGCUGAGAUGGCUAGUGGACACUUCCUAAUUUGGGGCACCACUCAAUGCACUCACAUAGCAAACUGGGCAAGUGGCACAGGCAAAGCUAAAAAAAAAAAAAAAGGCUUCAUGCUCCAGCCCAACUCCCUCCAGGAUUAUGUAUUCUGGCUGCAAGUAAUGGACACACAUCUGAAGAGGCAGGAUCUUACGGUACUACUUCCAGUCACUGAUUUUCCAGGUCCUUUUCUGAUAGCAGAGAAACAGGGGUCUACAUUUUAUACACAAUAUGGAUCACUUGGAAGCAUAGAAGUACUGUUUUUUUUUGUUUUUUUUUUUUUUUUUUUUUGAGAACAGAUGGAUGUUAGUGAGCAUCCUGACAUUUAGGAUGUUAGUGUAAGUUAUCUAGGUUUAACAGUGGAUGGAGUGCUGGAUUUGGAAUCAGGAAGAGGGAGAUGAGUUCAAAAUCCUGUCUAAGAUACUUUUUAGCUGUGUGACCCUGAUCAAGUCAUAUAACUCAGCCUCAAUUUCCUUAUCUGUAAAAUGGAGAGAAUAAGAGUACCUGUCUCACAUGAGCCGAUGUAUAAAGUGCUCUGCAGACCCCAAAGUGCUCUAUAAAUGCUAGCUUUUAUCAUCGUUGUUCUUUUAAAAAUAUGUGAUAGAAGAUACAAAAAGCAAACUCCUUUUUAGCCCGAUUCAUUUGUUUUGGUCUUGGGGGACUGUGGAGAAGGUUAUUUCUGGUUUUUCUUGUUUUUUCUUUUUUAAGAAAACAGGGUACUAUGGACCCCUUGAGAAAAUAAUUUGUUUAGUCUCUAUCUUUAAAGACAGAGCAGAGAAAUACUGGAGCUCAUACGUGUUGGAGGUCAGCAUGGUUAGUGGCCCAAACCUCUGACCUCUUUCUGCUCCCAUCAGUCCCUCAAUUUUCUCUUGGUCCUGGCUUCUUAUUCUGAGACUUCGGUGCAUCUGGGGGAGGAGGUACUAGAUCGCUUCCCUUAAAGCCCAGAUGGUCUUGAAAACCUCAAGGGCGGAAAGAGAUGUCAGAUUAAAAACUGUUCACUUGAGUUCUUCAGCAUCAUUGUUCUCUGGGGCUACAGAUAAUAAGGCCUUUUCCAACAGCACCUCCUUUUUCAGAGCUCUUUUACCUACUUUGUCUCAUUUGAUAUUCAUCAUGGGUUGGUUUUUUCAGUUUAGAUGGAGGCAGGUAUUGCUGUCUCUGUUUUACAAGUGAAGAAACAUAAAGAACGGGGAUGACUUAGAAUCAUUAAUUCAUAGAAUCAUCGAUUUAGACCUAGAAGGUUCAACCACUUUCCAGAUGAGGAAACUGAGGCACAAGGUCAUAUAAUUUCUAAGUGACUGAGGUGGGAUUCGAAUCCAGGUCUUUUGAAUCCCAAGUCCAGAGACAUUUGUGAUCUUGGCCAAAUAAAUCCCUUUCCCAUUUGAGAAUGAGAGAAUUGAACUCAAUGAUCUUCCCAUCUCUUCUAUACCUUGGAGAGCACCUCGUCCAUCCCUUUAUUUUUAAAUGAAGAUCCAGUUUCCUGAGGCACAGGGUCAUGCAGCUUCUAAGUGACUGAGGUGGGAUUCAAAUCCAAGUCUUUUGACUCCCAAGUUCAGAAACAUAAGGGGACCCUUUGUGAUCUUGGGCCUUUGUCCAAGUUGAAACCUCAAUUCUUGUCAUUAAUCUAAUGAGAGGAUUGAGCUCCCUGAUCUUCCCAUCCCUCCUCUGCCUUUGGAGAUCCCCUCUUCCCUCCCUUCAUUUUAAAAUGAGUGUCCAGAAAGGAGAGGGAUCUGGCUCCUGCCACAAAGCCAUUUGGUGACAGAGGGACCCUGCCCCUGGAUUCUGGCCAGGGCUGACUUGCUCCUGUGAGCCAGGCUAGUUUUUGUGUCUUUGUUGUGGAACCUUGGCAACCUCAACAAAGCCCCCGCAUGCAGGAAGGGAAAUGUUGCCAGGCAGGGACAAAGUCUUGGAGAAGUUCCUUCUACCUUCUAACGAGCCUCCUUCCUGCCCCCCUGAGCCUUUCUUCUUCUUGCAAGAAAGCCCUGAGUGCCAAGGCUGCUGGGGCACUGGAUGCGAGUCAGAUGGGAAGGGCUUCAUGGAAAAAAACUCGGGAGCACUGAGGAUGAUGGAUAAUGGCUCCCAGGCUGUUGUCACUCUUGGGGAACAGGGCAGUGGAAAAGACACUGUGGUGUUCUCCUGCAGGGUGAGAGACUGUUUAUUUUUAGGAAAGAAAUCAGCGUGGGAUGGCAGAGAUUUGGCUGCCAGGAGCAGUCACGAUGGAAAUUUCUUCCACUGUGGGUAUCACGAAAGAGAAAUGAAGGUCUGUAGGAGGGGAGUUUAUUUACAUCUCCUCUAAAGAAAAUCACAUUAGUGAGGGAAAUUGACUUCUGUUGUGAGAUCAGCACCCCACUCACUCACACACACACACUUACAAAAUCACACACACACAAUCACACACUGGCAGCUUCUAGGGAUGAUUCCUCCAUCAGACAAUGGCUGACUGGAGAUUUCAGGGGAGCAGCACAAAGAAAAAUGGCGGCGCUAAUGGAAGGAACCUGCUGGUGCAGAGUGUGGGAGGACAUUAAGGAGAAUGGGGACCAGGAAGAGUUCUGGGAAGUUAGAGAAGGUGGGAGGCAGAAGGUGGGAAAGAGGGGGAAUCAAAAGUUUUCCUUUGCCAAAGACUGUCAGGAGAGAGCUGGGCCAGAAGGCAGCAUCCCAAGGCAUAAAGCAGCCCAAGUAAGACCAAGAAGACCCGAUGGGCACGGGCGGACCCCAUGGUGAAGUUCCUAAUCUGGCUGAAAGCCUAUUUAGCUUUUCCUUCCAUAGGUGAGAUUAAGCCCUCUCUGUUUCUGUGGCUGUUAGAGCAUCAUCUGACUUUUCUAGUAGUAAACUCUGCAUCCCCUCCCAGUGUCUUUGACUAUCAGGAAUGUAUCGGGACUGAUAAAAUAGGCCUCCGGGCCGCUGGGUAUGCUUUGUGUGUGUUUUAAAUGCAUAACUUAGGUACAAUAACAGUAGUUUAUAUAUGGAAGUACAUUUUACAGUAUGCAGGCUACAAAGAAUGCAUUUUAAGGUUGUAUAAAUUUAGCUCUUUUUGGUAAAUAGAUUCAACGAAUUAUUUGCCUCUUAAAUCCAUGUACCCUUAAAAAUAUGAAUAAAAAGUAGCACAUGAUUAA